AUGUUUGCAUCCCUCCAUGUAAACAUACCAUUCAUCAAGGCUCUCCAACAAAUGCCUUCAUACAUUAAGUGUAUGAAGGAGCUGCUGACUAAGAAGAAAUUAUUGAAGGGUGGGCAAACAAUAGUGAUGAAUAAGGAGUGUAGUGCUCUCAUUCAGACAGAGUUGCCUACAAAAAGGAAGGACCCAAGGAGUUUUUACAUCCCCUGUGCUAUAGGAGAAACAAGGAUUGAUAGGGGACUUUUUGACCUGGGAGCAAGCAUCAACUUAAUGCCGUUAUCCCUCAUGAAGAAACUUCAAAUCAAUGAGCUAACACCCACAGAUGUAAUCAUCCAAUUGGCAGACAAAACUAAAAAACAAGCAAUAGGAGUGGUUGAAAACGUGUUGGUGAAGGUCGAGAACUACUUCCUUCCCACAGAUUUUGUUGUCCUGGAGAUGGAAGAGAGUCACAUCCAUCCAAUUAUCCUGGGAAGACCUUUCCUAGCCACGGCCAGAGCACUUAUAGAUAUGGAGCAAGGAGAACUAAUAUUGAGGAUACAUGAUGAACAACUUACCUUCAAUGUCUUCAAGACCUCACAAGAAACAGAUCAAGAAAACAAGGAAUUCAGGGAGAACCACGAUAGGACACCCAUGGAGGAAACAAACAAGGAAGCACGAACAGGACACCUGGGAAUCCCUUUGGUUGACAAGCAAUGCACUCAGGAGGCACAACAGCCAAGGGAAACCCAGGAGGAGCUGAACCCACAAAAGUUAUACGACAUUAGCAACAAGGCUUCCCUAGAAAAGGAGGCCACAAGGAGCAAGGCAGCACCAAGGGAAGAAAAGAAAAAGGUGCCAAGGGGAUGGAGGAACAAAAAGAUCCCUAUAGAGGACUUCUCUCCAGGAGAUAAAGUGAUCUCUGCACAUUUCCCACUAAUCCCACCUCAUCUCCCCACCAUUCCAUCUCAGCUACCCAAAGCAUAUACCAUCAGCAGAGUUCUCUCCUUAGAACAUGUGGAGAUUCUUAAUGAAGCCAAUGGAGAUAGAUUUACUGCAAGAGAGGAAGACUUGAGGCACUAUCAACCACCCUGA